AUAAAAAUAUUUUCUAUGUGUCAAUUUGUCAGUUUCUAAAAAUGGCAUCUUCAAAUCGGGGAGAGGCAGUUCCAAAACAAAUUCAGCAAGAUUGGGUAAAUAGGGAAUACAUAGAAAUUAUUACUAUUAGCAUCAAGAAAAUUACAGACUUUUUAAACUCGUUUGAUUUGUCCUGUCGCUCAAAACUUGCUGGUUUGAACGAGAAACUAACCAUACUCGAGCGCAAAAUUGAUUAUUUGGAAGCUUGUGUAAGUAAAAUGUGUAUGAAUUAUGUAUAAUCGCUAAAAUGUAUCUCCACUAUAGUUUAAUGAGUCAUAUAGCACAGCUCCCAUUUGCCUUUACAAAGUUAUAAUUAAAAUACAUAACACUAGAGUUAACUAAGGUAGAAAACACACACACAAGUAGUACAAGAAAAAACUUCAUUUUAUCAAUACUCAAUGAGCCUGAAACUUUAGGUUAGUAAUAA